AUGCUUGUAUAUUUCCAGAAGGUGCUUUUCGUCCUAUUUGGGUGCCUGAACGUGCUAUCAGACAUGGAAGAGAUAGAACCCAGAUUCAAGCGACUGAAGAUCGACAUGGAGGAGCCCCUAUCCAAAAGGAGGAGAUAUCGGAAAAGGAUGAAGAAAGACCAGAUUGACCCAGCUGAAAAUCUGAGUUCAUGGGAAGACAACAGAACACAACCAAAACUUGGAGACCUAAUUGAAAUUUCUCGCUUUGGCUAUGAGCACUGGGCCAUCUAUGUGGGAAAUGGCUAUGUGGUCCAUCUGGCUCCACCAAGUGAAGUGGCAGGAGCUGGUGUGAGCAGCAUCAUGUCCAUCGUGGCUGAAAGAGCCAUAGUGAAGAAGGAGCUGCUGUCUGUGGUGGCCGGAGGGAACAAGUACCGGAUCAAUAACAAGCACGAUGACAAGUAUGACCCACUGCCACUCAACAAAAUUGUCAAGGAGGCAGAGAAAAUGGUGGGGAAGGAAGUCCCUUAUUCAUUGACAAGUGACAACUGUGAGCACUUUGUGAACGCGCUGCGCUAUGGAGUUUCCCGCAGUGACCAGGUGACUGACACACUCACUGUGAUUGGUAUUGCAUCUGUUGUCCUGGGUGUUUUGGGCCUCAUUGGGAUGGCGGUCGCCAGAAGCAAGCGGGAAAAGCAGUAAAUGCAAGGCUUUAUCUUGGCGGCACCAGUUACCUUGGGGGAAUUUGAUCAAGCCAGUGGGAAUGAUUUGGUUUACAGAUUUCACUCUUUUGUAAUCAUGAGCACUUGGUUUAGUGGAGCUCAAUCAAAGCAUAGGAAGCUGUUAUCUGAAGGAAACGCUGGCUGCAUGGCAUCAAUUCUAUUAAAGAGCUGAUUGCACAAAGUCAUGGCCUCAAUGUGUGUGUUCCCACCCACCCCAAAUUCAUAUGUUGAUGCCCUAGCUCCCAAUGUGGUAGGGGGUGGAGG